AUGACGGAGGUGGUGAGGACGGUUUAUGCUCUACGAUGUCAGCGUCUCCUAGUUGAAGGGGGUGCCUGUGAAACUUCAGUUGCAAUUCCUGUCGAUACAUUUUGUGGUGGAUUGCUUAAUGACAUUUGCAUAGAUAUUCCUCCUAAUGGAGUUGACGUUUGCGGCAGAGAGACCAAUGAACUUCUUGAAGAUUCUUACGAUAUAAUAGAAGCUUGGCUGCCUUUACUACGGAAGAAUCCUCGUUUCGGCGCUACCUUCCUAGUCACCGUGCCACCGUACGUGGUGUCACUCAUGCUACCGCUGUUUAUGACAUCCAAAGAACCUGAUUUUACCAUAUGCGUAGAUGCAGAGGUAUUAUUUUUCCUACUAUUGUUACCG